AUGGGCAUGAUCAUCCAUGUUGGUUUUGGUGAUUGUUUCAAAGUGGCAAUGUCACAAGAAACUGACAGCCCUUUGUGUGGGGUUGAAGGUACUUACCAAAUCUCCAGUGAGAACGCAAUGAGAGUGAUGAGAUCAAAUAAGGAAAGUAAUGUUUGGAAGCUUUUGUACACAAUCCCUUGA